GUCUGUAAACAAAAUUACAUAAAUUAAAAAAUUAAACAGAACAGUAAACAGUAAACUCGAAUAUAAACUAGUAAUCUGUGCAGUAAACUAUUUGUUUUACAAAUUUAGGUAUUUUAUAACACAGUGAAUAUAAAAAUGGCUGAUAAUUUUCAAAACAAAACAAUGGCACCAGUUAUGAUGGAUUACGAGUUUAAAAUGAAGACCCAGAACGAGCGUUCAAAAGUCGAAGACCUAUUUGACUACGAAGGGUGCAAAGUCGGCCGAGGAACCUAUGGACACGUCUACAAAGCCAGAAGAAAAGAUGGUUCGGAUGCCAACAAGGACUAUGCGUUAAAACAAAUAGAAGGAACAGGCUUAUCUAUGUCAGCUUGUAGGGAAAUUGCAUUGCUGCGUGAAUUGAAGCAUUCCAAUGUAAUCAAUUUAAUAAGAGUAUUUUUGUCACACACAGACCGUAAAGUUUGGUUACUAUUUGACUACGCAGAACAUGAUCUAUGGCACAUAAUAAAGUUCCAUAGGGCUGCAAAAGCCAACAAGAAAACAGUGAUAGUGCCAAAGGGUAUGGUCAAAAGCUUAUUAUACCAGAUUUUGGAUGGAAUUCAUUAUUUGCACUCAAAUUGGGUCCUGCACAGAGAUUUGAAACCAGCUAACAUCUUAGUGAUGGGGGAAGGCCCAGAGAGAGGCAGAGUGAAGAUUGCGGACAUGGGCUUCGCCCGGUUAUUCAACGCACCACUGAAGCCCCUAGCUGACUUAGAUCCUGUGGUUGUCACUUUCUGGUACAGAGCUCCAGAGCUACUACUGGGCGCCAGACAUUAUACUAAGGCUAUAGAUAUAUGGGCGAUUGGUUGUAUAUUUGCUGAACUGCUCACAUCCGAGCCAAUAUUCCACUGUCGUCAAGAAGACAUCAAGACUAGCAACCCGUACCACCACGAUCAGUUGGACAGGAUAUUCAACGUUAUGGGUUUCCCGCUAGAGAAAGAUUGGGAAGACAUCAGAAAAAUGCCUGAACAUGCCACAUUAGUGAAGGAUUUUAAGAGAUCAAACUACCAAAAUUGUUCGCUAAGCAAAUAUAUGGACAGGCACAAGAUAAAACCUGACAGCAAGGCAUUUAGUCUUCUACAGCGGCUGCUACUUAUGGACCCUAACAAGAGAAUAACAUCGGAACAGGCUAUGCAGGACCCUUACUUCUCUGAGGAUCCCUUACCAACACAGGAUGUGUUUGCCGGCUGUCCAAUCCCAUACCCGAAGCGAGAGUUCCUUACAGACGACGACCAAGAUCAAGACAAGAGCGAUUCGAAAGCCCGGCAGAACCAGCAGCAACAGCCAAAUACACAACAAAAUCAAGUUCAAGCGAAUAGCCAUGACCAGCACGCGAACAACGCGAAACGAAUGAGGAUGUCAGGUCCGAACCAAGGCAAUGGCGGUGGGGGCGGCGAGUUCCACCAGCAACAGAUGAUGUUCGGCCAGCAACAGAACAAUCAACAACAGAACAACUUCCAAAGAUUCUAGUAAUAGAUCUAGCCAAAUAACUAAGAGGAUUUGUUCUACUCGAAUAAUCAGCCAAAUGACAUAAAAUACGGUUACACAGUCAGUUCGGCAUCAGUUCAGUCCACCAGUGAGACUGGUGCCACAAUGAUGACUGGAAAG